UUCACCGGCUGAAGUACUAAAGUGUACUGAGGAAGUUUCUCAUCCCUAUCCCUUUCUCCAGUUUAUAAUCUGCACUUACUUCAGUUCAGUGCAAAACGCAAACAAACCACAACAAACCCUCUCUCAUUCAUUUCCUUCCCCACUCACCACUUCCAAUUUCCAAACAAAACCCUAAAAUGUCUCCACCAACCAAAACCACACCAAAACCCAACAACAUUCAUCCCCUCACUCCCACUCAAACAACCGAAUCUCCUUCCCCUUCCCCCUCCGUCCCGCCGCGGCGCCGUAGUCUCCGUCUCGCUUCUAUUUCCAACUCCGAGCCUCCUCAAUCUCCAACAGUAACUACCCCCGAACCACCAACCGCUAGGGUUUCCGAACCGAAAAUGCAGAAAUCAAACCUAACCGCUUCGGAAUCAGAACCUAUUCUUAACUUGCGAUCGGGAAAAAAAGUUCUCAAACGCGGAAUCACUAUCUCAAACGAAGAUGAAGAUUCUGAAAAGAAUGAUUCUAAAAGGAAGAAAAAAGUAGAAGAAAAUCGAAGUGAAGUGAAGAUUGAUGAAGGUGAAUCGAGUCGAAGGAGGAUAUUAACUAGAGAAGAGAAAGGAAAAGAAAAGGAAACUGUUGUUGUUGUUGAUGAAAGAGUUGAAUUCGGCGUGGAAGAGGUGAAUGAAGAGUUGAAUGUUCUAGAACAAGAUGGAAACGCUGACAAUAAUGUUAGAGAGGAACGUGGUGUGAGGAGGAACAUGGAAGGAUUUCGUCGUAUAGCUAGAGAAAACGCAACUCGUUUUGCGCGUUUUGCAGAUGAUGAAAACAAUGGUGGUGAUUUGUCUCCGGAAAAUGAACAGGUGGAGAAUGAGAUUGAAGAUUGGCCUGGUCCUUUUUCAACUGCUAUGAAAAUUAUCAGGGAUCGAGAAAAGAAAGGGAUUGCAUUUGGUUAUGUGGCUACUCAAAGGAAUUUGGUUGAUUUGAUAAAGUGGAAACCGAAAUCGAAUGAGGAGAAGUUAGGCGGGAAGUUAACGGUUCCGUCUUUGCAAGAACUUUCCAUUCGGAUACUUGCUAAGAAUGUUGAUGCCAUUGUUUCGCUUGAGGGUGUGCCUGAUGCUUUGAGGCAUAGGCUUACUCAGUUGCUGUGUGAUUCGAGAAAAAUGAACAAUCAUUUCUUUGAACUUCUUGUUAGUGGAACUCCCACGGAGAUUCGGGUUAGAGAUUGCUCGUGGUUGUCUGAGGAACAAUUUACCAAGUGCUUUCUAGCAAGUGAUACUUCGAAGUUGGUGGUACUGCAACUUGACCAGUGUGGACGCUGUUUGCCGGAUUUUGUGGUAACUUCCACUUUGGCAAGGUCACCAAAGCAGUUACCUUUGUUAACUAGUCUAUCGCUUGGUGGUGGAUGCCGGCUCUCAGAUGAGGGGUUGCGUUCACUUGUUUCUUCUACUCCAAUGCUUAGAUCAAUAAAUCUUAGCCAGUGCUCCCUUCUCACAUCUGCUAGUCUUUAUACUUUGGCCGAAUCAUUAAAAUCUCUUCUGAAAGAGUUGUACCUUGAUCAUUGCCUCGGCAUUGAUGCUGCACUGAUUGUGCCAGCACUGAUGGAGUUUGAGCAUUUAGAAGUGUUGUCAGUGGCUGGCAUCCCAACUGUUUGCGAUACAUUCGUCAAGGAUUACAUUGUUGCACGUGGUCACAACAUGAAAGAGCUUAUUCUGAAGGACUGUAUAAACUUGACUGAUGCAUCAAUCAAAGUCAUUGCUGAAAACUGUCCUGGCAUAUGUGGGCUUGAUCUUUCGAGCGUGUGCAAAUUAACAGAUUUAUCCAUGGGAUAUCUUACAAACGGUUGUCGUGCACUUCAUACGCUGAAGCUUUGCCGUAACUCAUUCAGUGAUGAAGCAAUUGCUGCAUAUGUGGAGACUAAUGGAGAGUCCUUGAUAGAACUAUCACUUAAUAACGUUAAAAAGGUUGGUUACCACACAACCUUGUCACUUGCAAGCCAUGGAAAAAAAUUGCAUAGUCUAGAUCUAUCUUGGUGCCGAAAUUUGAGCGACAAUGCGUUGGGUUUGAUAGUGGAUAGUUGCCUGUCGCUGAGAUUACUUAAACUCUUUGGAUGCACUCAGGUAACAGAUGUUUUUCUGAAUGGCCACUCAAACUCGCAGAUCCAGUUAAUUGGUAUAAAAAUGACUUCUGUUUUGCAACAUGUGAAAGUGCCGGAUCCUAAUCGAAGUACUUUGAAUUAUUCAUCAGUCUCAGUAGAGCUGGCUCCUUAGAUUUGACACAGUUUAAAAUCAUAUGAAACUUAUAAUACUAUGGUAACAAUGGCAUUACAAUGUAUAAGAUAGUUCUAGGCCGUUGAAUAUUUUUUGCUAACAUGCCUCAAGUUGGAAAAGGAUUUUACUUUUGACAUCUGAUAGUUUUUGAAUGGCCGAUGUUAUUAUCUGUUAGUGACCGAAGUUUCCUUUUUUGCAAGAAUUUAGAGAAUGGGGUGAGUGAAUUGUAGCAUUUAUGUUUAGAAUGCAUGGUUGUCAACUAAUUACUCAA